CACUCCGCCCCGCUUUCCCCUACUUCCGGGCAGUUGGUUAAUGGGACUCUUUCUUGGGAGGAGCCGCCGGACACGCCCAUCUAAGGCCGUCUCUUUCUCACGACUUUUUUUUUUUCUCUUGCUCGGAAGUCUACGAGGACGCUUCCGGGUCACGCGGUGCCGAGGCCAGGAGUCAUGUGAUACCAAGAUGGCGGCGCCGCAGUAGCUGGAUCCGGGUUGUGGCGUCCUACGAGCCGCGACGGUUUCUGCCCUCCGGCAGCGGGGGACUGCAGCGCUUGGCUGACCCCUGCGGCGGCCCGUAGCCUCGCUUUAAGCCUGGUUCAAAGCCCGGGUUGUUGCUGUCGCGGUGGGUUCCAGGGAGUGCAGGUGACCUCGCUGCAGGUUUCUUGUGCUGGCCGCGCUCGCCGGAGGAAGAAGAGAAGGGCAGUUGGGUUUGCGGCCUUGACGUUGAUGAGGCCUCCGAGAGCUCCGGAGGAGCUACAACUCUGAGGGGGUGGCUAGAGUUCAAGUUCUCUGGUGUGUGAGAAUCACCCUAGGACUCCGGGUUGGGCCAGUCGCAAAGAAGGCCGCAAGGGCUUCGUUCUCCGGAGGCCCGCCUUCUGCGCGUCGAUUAACACCGCAUUUUUUCCCACUUCCUCUCAAUGUUUUCUUCAUAUAUCUGGAAAUAUGAUCAGCGCCCCUGACGUAGUGGCCUUCACCAAAGAGGAAGAAUAUGAGGAAGAGCCUUACAAUGAGCCGACCCUGCCAGAGGAGUACUCUGUGCCACUCUUCCCCUUCGCCAGCCAGGGUGCUAACCCCUGGUCAAAACUGUCCGGGGCCAAGUUCUCGAGGGACUUCAUUCUUAUUUCCGAGUUCUCUGAGCAGGUGGGACCCCAACCCUUACUGACCAUCCCCAAUGACACCAAAGUUUUUGGCACUUUUGAUCUCAAUUACUUCUCUCUGCGUAUCAUGUCUGUGGAUUACCAGGCUUCCUUCGUGGGCCAUCCUCCUGGAUCUGCUUACCCCAAGCUGAACUUCGUGGAGGACUCCAAGGUGGUGCUGGGAGACUCCAAGGAGGGAGCCUUUGCAUAUGUGCACCACCUUACCCUAUAUGACCUGGAGGCCCGUGGCUUCGUGAGGCCCUUUUGCAUGGCUUAUAUCUCUGCAGACCAGCAUAAAAUCAUGCAGCAGUUCCAGGAGCUUUCUGCCGAAUUUUCCAGAGCUUCUGAGUGCUUGAAGACUGGGAACAGGAAGGCAUUUGCUGGGGAACUUGAAAAAAAGCUGAAAGACUUGGAUUACACCAGGACAGUGCUGCACACAGAGACGGAGAUCCAGAAGAAAGCCAAUGACAAAGGCUUUUACUCAUCUCAGGCAAUUGAGAAAGCCAAUGAACUGGCUAGUGUGGAGAAGUCCAUCAUUGAACAUCAGGACCUGCUGAAGCAGAUCCGCUCAUACCCUCAUCGGAAGUUGAAGGGGUCUGAUUUGUGUCCUGGAGAGAUGGAGCACACCCAGGAUCAGGCCAGCCAGGCAUCCACUACCUCUAACCCUGAUGAGUCUCCUGAUACAGACCUUUACACCUGCAGACCAGCCUACACCCCAAAACUUAUCAAAGCAAAGUCCACCAAGUGUUUUGACAAGAAGUUGAAGACCUUGGAGGAGCUCUGUGACACUGAAUAUUUCACCCAGACCCUGGCUCAGCUCAGCCACAUUGAGCACAUGUUCAGAGGAGACCUGUGUUACCUCCUGACCAGUCAGAUUGAUAGAGCACUUCUAAAACAACAGCACAUAACAAACUUUCUCUUUGAAGACUUUGUGGAGGUUGAUGACAGGAUGGUGGAGAAACAAGAGAGACUACCCUCUAAGCCCAGUCAAGACAGGCCGCCUUCCAGGUCUCUAGAAGAAUGCCCAAUUCCUAAAGUGUUAAUUAGUGUUGGUUCUUACAAGUCCAGUGUGGAGUCUGUGCUGAUCAAGAUGGAGCAGGAACUUGGAGAUGAGGAAUACAAGGAAGUGGAGGUGACAGAGUUGAGCAGUUUUGACCCCCAGGAAAACUUGGACUACCUGGAUAUGGAUAUGAAAGGGAGUAUCAGCAGUGGUGAAAGCAUUGAAGUCCUGGGCACAGAGAAAUCCACCUCUGUGCUUUCUAAGUCUGACAGCCAGGCCAGCCUCACAGUACCAUUGAGCCCCCAGGUGGUUCGCAGCAAAGCAGUCAGCCACAGGACCAUCAGUGAGGACAGUAUUGAAGUCCUCAGUACCUGCCCCUCUGAGGCCCUCAUCCCUGAUGACUUUAAGGCCAGCUACCCAAGUGCCAUUAAUGAAGAAGAAUCAUAUGCAGAAGACAAUGAGGGAGCCAUCCACUUCGAGGCAAGCAUGAGCCCUCCGGAGCUGGGUGAGACAGAGGAGGGCAGUGUGGAAAACACUCCAUCACAAAUAGACUCCUCCUGCUGUAUUGGGAAGGAGAGUGACGGUCAGCUGGUGCUGCCCUCCACUCCAGCCCAUAUACACUCUGACGAGGAUGGAGUGGUGAGCAUCCCCCCACAGCGCCAUAGGCAGAAGGACCAGGGGUUCCGUGUUGACUUUUCAGUGGAAAAUGCCAACCUUUCUUCCCAAGACAAUAGUUAUGAAGGGUUUCCUGCUUAUGAGCUGGACCCGGGCCAUCUGCUGGCUAGCCGGGACAUCAGUAAGACCAGCCUGGACAACUACUCAGACACCACCAGCUACGUGAGCAGUGUUGCCUCCACCAGCUCGGACAGGAUCCCCUCUGCUUAUCCUGCCAGCCUGUCUUCCGAUAGGCAUAAAAAGAGGGCUGGCCAGAACGCCUUAAAAUUCAUCCGCCAGUACCCCUUUGCCCACCCAGCCAUCUACUCCCUGCUCAGCGGGAGGACACUCGUGGUCCUGGGGGAAGAUGAGGCCAUAGUCAGGAAGCUGGUGACUGCACUGGCCAUCUUUGUCCCCAGCUAUGGCUGCUACGCUAAGCCGGUGAAACACUGGGCCUCCUCCCCUUUGCACAUUAUGGAUUUUCAGAAGUGGAAGCUUAUUGGUUUGCAGAGAGUGGCCUCACCUGCCGGUGCCGGUACCCUCCACGCCCUGAGCCGCUACAGCCGCUACACGAGCAUCCUGGACCUUGACAACAAAACCCUGCGCUGCCCCCUCUACAGAGGCACCCUGGUGCCCCACCUGGCAGACCACCGCACACAGAUCAAACGAGGCAGCACCUACUACCUGCAUGUCCAGAGCAUGCUCACCCAGCUCUGCUCCAAGGCUUUCCUCUACACCUUCUGCCACCACCUGCACUUGCCUACCCAUGACAAGGAGACAGAGGAGCUGGUAGCCAGCCGCCAGGCGAGCUUCCUAAAGCUGACCCUGGGUCUGGUGAAUGAGGAUGUCAGGGUGGUCCAGUACCUGGCUGAGCUGCUGAAGCUGCACUACAUGCAGGAAUCUCCAGGGACCAGCCACCCCAUGCUCAGGUUUGACUAUGUCCCCAGCUUUUUGUAUAAAAUCUGAGGUCGGUCCCAGCCACUGUGACCAACACCUGUGACUCAGGGUGUGGGGAGGGGAGGGGUUGGCAUGACCAAACAGUUACCUGAGCUGGACUGUUCAGGUUGCUGGUGUCUGGCAGCAUGGUUCCCACAUGGUUCCUGGUAGCUUUCAAGUUGGACGUGGGCAGAAGUGGAGCCUGGCCCCCUCUAAAGGCGUCUGGAGGGACAGUGACAGCUACAUUCAGCUCUUUGGUGAAGAGUGGCCCCUGGAUGUGGAGGGGGCCUUGGUUUUCUGAGGACUGGCAGCCAGAGCAGAAGGGAAGCCAACAGUCCCUUGGUGGGGCAGGGUGAGGGCAGGAAGGCCAAAGCCUGAUGGGAGGAGCACACGGGCCGUAUUCAGCAUUACUGGACACUAGAGUGGCAAAAUGAGCGAGGGUGGCAGCCGGCUAACUGUCGUAGUUUGGUGGAAAACAGGAGGGCAGAACACCCAAUGCCACCUUCAGACCCAGGCACAGCCCUUUAUUUGGCCUCCUGGAGCUCACUUUCCCAGGGGAGGCCCUGGACCAGCCAGUGGGAGGAAGAAAGGCUGCCACUGUCUGGGUCAUGGGAAACAUGCAACCUUCUGGGCCUCAGGGCCACAGAGCAUGAGCAGUACCCUGUCCCCUGUCCUUGCCACCUUACCAGGGAGAGAAAUGCCUAUGAGCGGGCCUUGGGACUCACUCCCCAUGCUUAUUUGCCAGGAAUGAGCAGAGCGUUGAGUAGUCCCAGUGUGAAGUGGCCUAGCAGCUCCUGCCGGCCAGAGCACAUGAGCACUGAGUAUUCUCAUCGGGAAGGGCUGCAGACCCGAGUGAACAUGGCAGAGGCCAUACUCCAGCUCCCACCCACGCAAACCUUUGCAACCACUUCACUACCUCUCACUGGGUCUCGUGGGCAUGGGACAGCACAGUUCUGUUCAGUCAGCUGGUGCAGGUGGUUGGCCUGGCCAAUGAGAACUCAGAUGGCAUGGAUUUCCUGGAUAAGCUCCCACGUGGUGCUCUUCAGGUUCUGCCUCUGGGAGACUGUGUGCACCUCAGUCACCACAGCUCACGGCCGUCCCCAGUUGAGCCCUCCUUCUGAAGACAAUUGAGACUAGAAAGGAGACACCCCCUGGUUCCUCCAGCACCUGUUCCACUGAUAGUGAUCCCGUCCUCCCAGAGCCUCCUUAGGCAAUGGUCACUGGUUUGUAGACAGAGGUUUCUUGCAGCCUUGAAAAUUUUAUUUCCUAAGUGGGGAUAGUUCUGGGUAUUACUGCUUCUUUAAUUUGUUCCACAAAAAUUGUGCUGAAAUGGACCUGAAUCAGCCCUGGGUGUGCAUCUGUAGGACACCCUCAAGGUCAUCACAAAGCCAGCCAGCUUCUCUUCUCAUUAAGGAGGCAGAGACCCCUGGUGGAAGCCGAGAGUGACCAAAGAAGGCUUGUAUCACGUCACUCCAGUGGUACAAGACUUGGACCCCUAGUCCAAGUCUUCGAUGUAAGGGGAUGGCCCGUUGGCUCCAGCCACUGGCUUCUGUUCAGGGUCCUUGCUCCCAUCAGAGGUAUGUGAUUUUGUUCUUGGGGCUGCCAUGGAGAACCUUUUGUGGCAGACGGCGCUGCCUACAUCUCAUCAGUUCUCUGAACCUGUGCCCAUUGUGCAUGUUCACAGACAGGAGAGUUGCCAGUGAUGCUUUGGCAGGCUUUAAAUGUGAAACGUCUGUUACUAGCACUAGAGGCAGGCUGCGCAGGGAGCCUGCUUCUCAUUGUGGACUCCCUUAUCUGUCAUGGCUCCCUCCCAUCCUGUUCUAGAUGCUGAUUUGUUUUCUCACAGGCUGGCUAACUGCUGUCUACUUAUGCCUCCAAGGCCAUAACUGUGCAACAUUUUUUCUGAGCAGGAAGGUCAGUAAAUGAUCAUUGGCACCACCACUGUGGCAUUCCUAUCACACCAUCACAGAAAUUCACAGCUCAUACUCUUCUCACCUAAGACACUUGGGAAAGGCUGAUGAGUUUGGGGCAGAUCCUGAAUUGCAGCCACACUUGGACUUCUAGAAGCUGAAGCUUUGCACUCUAGUGGUCCUAAGUGAAGUCCACUUGGUGUAUUUGCUGGCACACACCCUCAAGGGCAGCUCCGAAAGUCCCGAGAUGUAAGGCAAGAGGCUGCUGGGGCGUAAACAGAACAGACUGUCUCAGGGACAGCCAUAGAAGCAGCAAGCAGGGCGAUCUCCCUCAAGGUGGUUCUUCAUUAAGUAAAGAUGGCUACAUGACUAGUGUGUGAGCUCCCUGAUUUAUAUUUGAGUUAAAAACUAACUUUUCAAUGUGGCAAUUUCAAAGGAUUACUUGAUGCUAAGUAUGUUUCCUUUCAAAGGGAUCUUGAAGUGGUCCUAGAACUGAGUCAUAGCUUGGGCAGAGGCAGUUAGUUAACACCGGGAAGCCCUGCCACUCCCUGUGCCCGCUCCAUUCCAGGGAACUGAAACCUACUCUGAGUCUCACAUCUCUAAACCUCAGUGGUGAGACCUAUACAGUGGGACUAAUCUCAUCAACAAUUUCAUUUGAAGCUGGGCACAGUGGCUCACGCCUGUAAUCUCAGCACUUUGGGAGGCUGAGGCGGGUGGAUCACCUGAGGUCAGGAAUUCAAGACCAGCCUGACCAACAUGGUGGAACUCCGUCUCUACUAAAAAUACAAAAAGAGUUAGCCAGGCCUGGUGGUAUGUGCCUGUAAUCCCAGUUACUUGGGAGGCUGAGGACAGAGAAUCGCUCGAACCUGGGAGGCAGAGGUUGCAGUGAGGUGAGAUCACACCACUGCACUCCAGCCUGGGCAACGAGCAAAAACUACAUCAUCUCAAAAAAAAUUUUUUUUUCAUUUGAAGUAUUCUCCAGUAGAAGGUUAAUAAGUUUUUAAUGAAACCAUUAAAAAUAACACUUUCCAGAAAAUAGAUGACAUCAGUGUCCCUGCUACUUCCUCAGUCCUCUCUAUUGCUUUGAGGGCCCAGGUACUGAAACUGGUUGUCUGAGUUGUGUCAGCUUUUCCUCCAGUCCAUUAUCCCACUCCCCAUUUCUGAAGCAGUCUAGGUUAAGAAACUAGCCAGGCAGGUAGCUGUGGACUGGUGAUCUUCAGAAGCCCCACUUUAGAGAUCAGGCCACAGCUUUUUAUAUCGCACAGAACACAUCAGCCUGAGCUGUGGCCUCACGCCUGUUUCCCCAGGAACGUCACUCCUUUGGGAUUUUAGAAAUUGUGGCUUUUCCGUAUAUCGUUUACUCCAGCAGUUGAAGUCGCACACAUUGCUCCCGAAUGUGGAAAUGAAAGGAUCUUACCUUUCAUUCCCCAUCUGGCCUUUACUUUCUUUGCUUCAGUAGUUGAAAACAGUUGCUAUAUUUGAAGUAUAGUAGAUUUCAACCUCACACAAAUGACAAGUCUAUUUCACAAUCCUAGGAAGGCCCACUGAUUCAUCUCAUGUGCCAGGGUGGCUGCAGUUGGAGGCUGAGAGCAGCCCUCUGCUCACUGAAUGUCUUGCGUACGCUGACUGCUGCCCGCAGUGCCAAACAUGCCCCGUGGCCCAGACCCGGUGCUGCAUGUUGAGUCAGUGUCUGGUGCUGCUGUCCCGUCGUUGUCUGCACAGCCAGUAGCACUGUGUCAGCCAGGGGGUUUAUCAGAAGGUGUGCAAGGUCUUUGGAGGAGCUAAGCCCCUAUGGUGGGUAGUCUCCUUUACCUUCCCACCUCCCGGUAAAGCGCAGAAGACAGUGCCUGGGUUUGUGCUUUGAAGCAAACCAGCCACCUUUCUGGUUUUGCCCCAAUAUUGUGAUGGAACAUAAUAAAACUGGAGAUACGGUUUUAACUCUGCAAAAAGGAAAAAGCAAGUUUCUACUUCUGGCUGGAAAGCAAAACAAAACCAAUCUCAGCUGACAGGGCUGGGCAAACUUAAGUUUUCCUGAGCCCAUUUUCCUUCGAGCCCUGACCUAGUCUGGCCUUAUGUAAUUAAGGUUUGGUUAAAGCUGUGAAAAGGAGGCAGGAGGGGAUGGGAAUGUGGGGAUGGCGAUAAGCACUCUGCAGCUGAUUAAUCUGUUGGUAGGGGCCCAGCUUCCUGGGAGUGCUUAUUCCACCCUGCCCUGGAGUGGAGGCUGCAUACAGCCCAGGAGGUAGCUUGUCUCCAGCUGCAGAGGGGUCAGGCCCCUUAACUGAAGACCACUUUGGCAGAAGAAAUGUAGGGACUGGUGUUUCACCCACAAUUCACAGAUUCUGCAGCAGCUGCUCCACCUACAACAAAGCAAACGCCAACAGGCUAGACCCCAGAGUGCAGGGGCUGCCACCUACAAGGUGGGACCACAGGGUGCCUCACCCAUAUUGUCUGUCACUAAAUAGCUGGAGUCACAGAUUGGAUUGAGAUAAAUGCCACCUUCAAGGUUGCAGUGAAAAGCAUAGUCCUAUGUGAUGAAUUCAUGUGUUAUUUUUUAAAAAGCUAUUUUAUUACUGCAUGUUCCUGUCCGUCUUGUGAAUGUGAGUCCCCACCACCACGUGAGCAGCAGUCGUUGCAGUGGCUGGUGCAGGAGUGCGACUGACACGUGUGUGAUAGCAUCUCGUAGGUGUUGCACAAGAGUUAACCAGAGUCAAUGCCAAACACAUAGUAUGAGAAGUGUACUUUUUAAGAAAUUAAUUUAUUUGAGUUCAAAUAUUUUUGAAAUAUAAAAAUUGGUUGUAUUUUUUAAAGCUAUAAUUCUUGUAGACAUUCUGUGGUUAAAAUUUUGAUUGUGCUUAUUAAAAAUGGUCAUCUAUGUUUUGCACUUCAGCAAUGUGAAAAUAAAGUUUCUUUGGGAAGGUGA